AUGGAGCUCGAUCACGAUGAGCAGCACCCGGACCGAAAAACGGUGCCGCAGGUUCAGUGCUGUGUGUGCGGCUUGGUGAUCGACAGCAACCUCAGCAACAUGUGCCCCAACUGCCUCCGCGCCCAUGUUGACAUCACCGAUGACCUGCAGAAAGAGUACAUCCUCAUCCACUGUCCGGAGUGCGGCCGAUACCUACAGCCGCCCAAGUACUGGGCUCGCGCCGAGCUGGAGAGCCGUGAGCUGCUUACCAUCUGUCUGAAACGCAUCAAGGGGCUAAACAGCAGCGCCGGCAGCAACAGCAACGCCAACAAGGCGAAGCUUGUCGAUGCCAAGUUUCUCUGGACUGAGCCGCACAGUAAGCGCGUCAAGCUGCGCCUCACUGUGCAGAAAGAGGUCUUCAACAACAUUGUUAUUCAGCAAGCCUGCGUCGUCGAGUACGUUGUGACAUGGCAACAGUGCACCAUGUGCCAGAGGGUUGCCACCGGCCAGCCGCAGUGGGACGCGUGCGUGCAGCUCCGUCAGAAGGUGAACCACAAGAAGACCUUUCUCUACCUGGAGCAGCUCAUCUUGAAGAAGCGGCUGCACGAGAACUUCAUCCGUAUUGAGGGGCAGCCGGACGGCCUCGACUUCUUCUUUGCCCACAAGAGUCACGCCAUGAACUUCCUGGAAUUCUUGAACAAGACGGCGCCCGUGACGCGCCGCGAUGCCGUGCAGCUUGUCUCCCACGACUCGAAGAAUAACACGGCCGUGCAGCACUUCACCUUCGCGCUCGAUAUUGCACCGCUCUGCCGCGAGGACCUUAUUCUUAUUCCGUACAAGGAUUACUAUCUCAAGUCUCUGGGUGGGAUGGGGCCGCUGGUUCUGGUCCACAAGGUGUUCAGCUCCAUCGUCUUCAUGGAUCCGCGAACACUCCGUGCUGGCGAAAUCACCGGCUCCCUGUACUGGAAGAAGCCCUUCGCAUCACUGCAGACGUCGCGCGAGCUGGUGGACUUCUACGUGCUCGAGUGCCAGCUGAUGCCCGUCACCAACGGCACCUACCAGCUUGGUCUAGUCACCGUAUGCCUGUCGGACGAGGUCGGCGAGGGCCGUGAGUGGAUCGUGCAGUCCCACCUUGGUGGCGUGCUCCACCCGGGCGACCUCGUGAAAGGGUACCUGCUGGAAGGGCGCAUCCUCAACAACGAGGACCUGGACGAGAAUCGCUACAAGCCAGAGCAGCUGCAGGAUGUCAUCCUCGUGCGCAAAUUCUUCCCGUCGCAGAAAGCGCGCCGCAACCGUCGCCUAUGGAAGCUGAAGAAACUCGACAUUGUGACUUCGCAGGGCGAGGCGACGUCCAUCAGCGGACCCGCCCGCCGCGGUGGUGCCAACGCGAGCAGUGGCGUGAACGAAGACGAGUACGAGUUCGAGGACGAAAUCGAGCGUGACGCGGAACUGCGCAAGGAAAUUUCGAUCUACCGUAUGAUGGACGAGGAGAUCGCCGCGCGGCGUGGCACAGCAGCGACAGCUGCGGAUGCGGCAGAGAACGAGUACGAGGAUGACGACGAGAUUCCUGAGAUCGCACUGGAGGAGAUGCUGGACGAGCUGCAGAUUCAAGAUGGCGCUGGGCCUGCAGAUGCCGAGGAAACCCUAAUGGCUAACGAGGACAGCGACAACGAGGAGGUGGCGGACAUCCGCAAGAAGGUGCGCAUUGAAUGA